AUGAUGAGCAACUGUUGUUCUCUCGCUCUUCCACAGCUCAUGAACCUCAAUUUAUCAGACCGCUGUGUCUCCCGCCACACUUACCUACCCUCCGCCGUCCUUCGCCGCCACCAUCGUCGCCGCCUCCUCAAAUACUCCCCCAAUCACGCCCAGACACCCAUCCCCACCCCAGCCAUCUUCAAGCUCUCCGACGACGGCCUCCAAAUAACCCUAAGAACCCCUAAUCAUUCCCUUCAGCAGGUCGAGAGCAGACUGAAUAAGUUCCUUGACUACGGCCGGGAAGCCCUAGACGACUUGAAGACCAUCGUCACCGUCAAUGGCGACAACGGUGGGUUCGUAAUAUCCUGCAGGCGAUCCACUGUUGAGUUUCUUAUUGCACUGUUUUUGACCAGUUUGGUAGCUGCUGUUGCUUUACGUGGUUUGUUUAAGGCUCGCAAAAGUAGCGGGGAGGUGCUGAUAUAUAAGAGGGAUAGGAGCCUUGGUGGCAGGGAGGUUGUGGUUGGGAAGAGCGAGACGAUGCCGGCCAGUAAAUCGACACCAUUGAGCUCGAAUGAUGCUUAUAGCUAUCACUGGAAGAGAAAAAACAGAACAAAAACGUUGGCCAGGAGGAGGAAGGAAGAAUUGCCUCAGUGGUGGCCUCGGACGGUGAACUGGGGCCCACAAGAAACAACUGAUAAGGAGGAUUAUCAGAGGACGGCGAACCAGUUGAUUCGAGCAAUAAUGGAUCGCAAAAUGAACGGGCUGGACAUAUCAAUGAAACAUAUAGUUCAGUUACGUUACUUAUGCAAAACAUAUGGAGUGAGGGCUAUCUUUGACACAGAAAAUGCACGUGAUUCGCUUUAUCGUUUGUCCGUUAACUUUAUUUUGGACUAUUGUGAGAGCAUAUCAAAUGAUGCUACCACCAUUCAGAUUAAUGGUGAGGAUAUCCGCCAGUUCAUUGCUGGGCUUGCUGAUAACGUUGGACUUGAGAGCACGCAUGCCGCGAGAAUGGUAAUUGCUGCUGUUGCUGCUCAUACACGGUCAAGAAUUCUGCAGGCUUGGGCAUUAGAAGUUCAAAAUAAACAUGCUGAAGCACUAGUGGAACUGUUCAAAGUUUGUCUUAUCCACCGUGUCUUCCCUCCCGAGGAGAACUCACCUGAGAUGGAAAUGGUUGCCAGAGGCCUUGACAAGUCUUUAAGUCUGGAACAAAGAGAGCAUAUAUUGAAGUCUUUCAUCACAGUUUGUGGCGAAGAUAUUGAUCAGAGUGUAAUGGAAGCACUGGGUUUGGGAUUAGCCGAAGAUGAACAGAGAAGCCAACAUGUAUCAACUUAA